AUCCCUGAUGAUGCGCUCAGCCCGGUUUGUCUGUACUGCUGCUCUCGGGUCCCUUUAUUCUCCUCAAGUCCACAAUGAAACUCGUGUGCGCUACAAACGUCAAAUAUAAGUCCACUUUAGUCUUCUGAACUUCCUCCAGAAUGAAGAACACGCUGUAUAUCCAGAGCUGAAACACUUCUCAGGCCUAUGAAACAGCUUCUCGUUUGAAUUAGACGCCCAAACGGAAGAAAAGUAUAUGGAUGCGAUGGAAAACUUCAUUUUGUAUGAAGAAAUUGGAAGAGGAAGCAGGUCAGUGGUUUAUAAGGGCAGGAGGAAAGGGAGCAUACAUUUUGUGGCAAUUAUCUGUAGUAAGAAGUCGAAGAGGCCUGAGCUGACAAACCAUGUACGACUUACGUAUGAUAUGAAGCACAAUAACGUGGUCUCUUUCUAUGAGUGGUAUGAGACUAGUAAUCAUCUCUGGCUGGUGGUGGAGUUAUGCACAGGAGGAUCACUAAAGGCCGUUAUUUCCCAAGAUGAAUGCUUGUCUGAUGAUGUUGUGCGAGAAUUUGCUAUGGACUUACUUAAAGGUCUCAAGUACAUCCACGACUCCGGCAUAGUGUUGUCUGACUUCAGCCCUACUAAGAUUUUACUGGAUGGUCCAGGCACUCUGAAGUACUCAAAUUUCUGUCUGGCCAAAGCACAAGGAGAGAACCUAGAGUUUUUUGCCCUUGUGACGUCAGAACAGGGAGGAGACAACAAAGAGAGUGCUACGCCUCAAAAAAAUAUCAAGAACCGAACCCAAGGUUAUCAAGGCUCUCUGCUGUACUGCGCUCCAGAGGUGCUGAGAGGAGAGAGCACGAGCAUCUCUAGUGAUCUGUGGGGACUGGGCUGUGUCCUCUGUGAGAUGUUUACAGGAAAGCCACCGUUCUUCUCAGAGACAUUCAGUGAUUUGGUUGAGCUCAUUUUACAUGAAGAUCCUCCACCUCUGCUGCAAAAAGGUCCCAGCUGUCUACAGUGUAGUCCUGAUUUCCAGAGCCUCGUAUUGGGUCUGCUGCAGAAAGAUCCUUUGAACAGGCUAAACUGGGAACAGUUGUUGCUGCACCCGUUUUGGAAGGGAGCAUUUUCAGUGGAUUUUUCCUCAAGGGGCGAUGCAGAUGAAAAUACUUCACUUCGCUGCAGUAUACAAUUGGAGUCAGGUCUUUCCGCAACAGCAGCCGAGGCCCAGACAUUUUCCACUGGUCACAGUAAUCUAUACCUCUGCAAGUCCUUCACAUUAGACAAUGUGACUGAGUUUAGACCUAAAUCUGCAUUGGACACAGAUGCCAAAGAGUCCAUUUUCCUUCUCAGUUCACGUCCAACUCCAAGAAUGAGCAGCGUUGCCAAAGAGAUCGAGAACAGAGAAAUCAAGACCCAAGAUAGCAGUGCAUUGGAAGAUUUGCAGACUGAUGCAGGUGCCUGUAUUAAAGAGCUCUUGUACACAGAAUCAGAUCUGACUGUGACGCCUCUUAUGGACAACCCAAAGAUUCUGAAAAGUGCUCCUGUCCGAUUUGACUCCAAAAUACUGUGUGUUUCAGCAUAUUCAGUUGAGCGUUUGGCAUGUAUGAGCUCAGGUGAAUGGUCUGCAUUCCUGCAGCAGGUAUGUUCUGUUCUGGAGUCGGUGGAAAGGGCUGGAUCUGGAGCUACAACACCACCACGUGCAAAACUCAACCUACUCUGCUAUCUGUGCUGUGUUUGUGGCCACAGAGACACAGCCACUCGCUUUAUACAUUCCCAGCUGUUUCCGGUGUUGAUCCAGCAGCUGCGGCAGGCCCCUAACUGGGAUAUUAAGACCAAAGUGAUGAGAAUCAUCGGUCUGUUGGCAUGCCAUAGCACAGAGCUCAGAGAGGAUGUUCCUGUCAUAGAAGCAGUGGCUAUAUUCACCGAGCUUAUGCGUGAGAACUUCAGGAACAGCAAGCUGAAGCAGUGCCUUCUGCCACCACUAGGAGAGCUCCUGUACCUCAUUGGUACUCAGGAGGAAAAGAAAGAGCACCCAGGAGGAUUGUGGGUCGUUCCUGCUGCCGCCUACACUGUGUUAAUGAGGUGCCUUCGGGAAGGGGAGGAACUGGUCGUGAACCACAUGGCAGCAAAAAUCAUUGAGAAUGUAUGUAGCAGACCGUCUCGGUGUGCUCAGGGCUUUAUCGUAGCUGAAGUGGGACCUGCCCUCUGGUAUCUGUUCACUCACUCGACUCUGGACGCACUGCGGGUCAGUGCUAUGUCAGCUCUGUGUAGAAUAACCCGUCAGUCAACGGCAGCAUUCCAAAGUGUUAUUGACAAGGUUGGAUUACCCAGCAUCCUCAGCUGCUUGUCAGGAAUCAGCCGUGUGCAGCAGCACAUACUCACCAUGUUCGCCGCCAUGUUGGCAUCCGGAGCACACCUUCACAGACUAAUACAGGACAGAGACUUUGUUGUGAAGAUAAUCCGUUCUCUGGAGAGUCCGUCUUCACUCAUCCGAGCCAAGGCCUUCCUGGUGCUCCUGCAAGUUCUCAUGAAUAACCGGGAGAUGCUAGUGCUGUGCUGCAACUCAAGGUUAGUGAUGUACAUUGAGAGAGACACCCGAAAGGCCACACCAGGGAAGGAGCAACAAAGUGGCAAUGAAUACCUGUCAAAAUGCCUGGCCCUAUUCAUCCGUCACACAGUGCGAGAGCUGCCAGCUAUCAUGGAUGACAUCCUGACAGCAUUAGGAAGCAUUGUGGGAAGGAAGCACCCCUCUACUACCCAGACUCGUCAGCUCAAACAAAGCCUUCCCAUGACUGUUGUUGUGCUGAACCUACUUUCCUCACAGAUCUUCAGGCCUCAGGUGGUGAAUGAGGAGUUUCUCAUCAAAUUUGGAGCACUCCUGAAUCACAUAACAUCCAUUGACUCCAAUGAGACCAGUUUGGGAAGUUCUGUAGGGCCGACAGCAUCUGAGGAGUUGAUAAGAAAUACCCUGUCAGCAGUGGAGGCCAUUUCCCAGCACCCAGCCCUUCUAAGCCGUUACCACUGCACUGUUGUGGACUCAAUCCUACCGCCGUUGGCAUCUUUGGCAUUUAGUAGGAAUGUGGAGUGGCGCAUUGUGAGUUUACGGGUGCUGUCAGAUAUCACUCUGCUGUUGCUGAGCCAGGAGGUGAUAGAGGAAGAGGAAACAUGGGAUCUAGAGGGCAAAUCCUCAAACACACGCCUGUUAACUCUCAUUACUGAGGCCCUGCUGCCACAGUACAAAUCUUUGCUUCUGGAGCCAGGCCCAAUUCCGGUCUAUGCACUCAAACUGCUGGGUUCUCUGACUGAGCACAGCAAGCCCAUCAGCAGGCUUGUCAGAGAGAGUCCUCUACUGCCUGCCAUCUUUGAAGUCAUAGCGGCGCAUCAGAGUAACAUCCUUGGUGGCACCAUGCAGAAUGCUAUAGCCAUCCUCGCUAAUCUGAUCGGACUGAAGGACACAGACUUUCAACUUUUCUACCAGCAAGGUGUAAUAGAGCUGGUGUGUGGUGUGUUCAUGGAGUACGCAGCAUUGUAUCUGGAGAAAGAAGAGAGAUGCAGAGUGAAGAGCUGUUGUGCUCUACUGUUGUCCCUGCUGGACAUCAUCUACUGCCUGCUCAAACACCUCUCUGCUGUGGUCCGACUGGCUGUACAGUCUAACAGUAAAGAAGACAAUGAAGCAGCAGAAAAGCUCCUACUCAUCAACAAGCCACUCACUGAUCUCAUCAACCUUCUCAUUCAAAUGCUGCCAUGUGGUGAUGCAGAGGUGUAUGAGGAUGCCAGUCAGUGUGUAUCACUACUAACUCAGCUGUAUGGCAGGGAUGCGGCUGAUCAUCUGACCCCUAAAGACCUGCUCAGCCUCACACGCACAUUUCAACUACACACUGACCCUAGACAGCAGAGACUGCUGCUCUAUGUCCUCAAACGUCUGAUGGGUGCAGUAGACCGCGCAGGUUGGAGUACAGAAGGAGGUCAGAGCCUGGUGCAUGUGCUCCAAAAUCUGGCCCAUGGUAACAGGUCUCAGCCAGACACUGCAGUUGGGUCACUUGCUGCAGAGAUUUUGAAAGCAGUCGGAUGCCAAGACAGGACAGGAACCAUCCCAAUGCACUUAAUGUAACCUAUUUUGUAUUUCUUUUUUAGUGCUGUAAACAUUUCAUUGUUUAAAUAAAUUAUAAAGCACUUGCUUUUCCCAAAAGCUCAGUAUACUAUUCAUAAUUCCCAUCCCUGUCCCUAUAAAGCCCCCUAUCCUGCACUUUUGUGUUGUCCUUGUUCUAACACAGCUACUUAGCUUGGGUGGUUAGUUAGCUAGUUGAAGCUGGUGUGUUAAAGCAGGGAAAAGGAAACGCUAAAAAUUUCCAGGAUAAGGUGUUGUAUAAACUUAAAUUUGAACCAUUCUUUAGAUGAAUUGAAAAUGCAAUUCAAUAUCUAUUCAUCAUUUAAGCAUGUGCAGGUUACUGUUGACUGCAUAUACCUAUAAAAACUGAACAGUUUACAUAAAAGGAUUGUUAUAUACCUUUUAGGAUGUUAAAUUUGAGCACUUGUUUGUCAAAUUGACUAAUUGUGAGAAUGGAUAAAAUCUUUCAUGAAAAACUGCCCAAAUUUAACACAAGACUGUACACAAGACUUACAUUCACACUAAGACAAGUGAAGUUUGUCCAUUAUUUUAUUUAGCCACGUCAUAACCAUGUCUCCAAUAAACACAGCAGGCUACAAUAAUAAGGGGUUCAUUUCAAAACCUUCUAAAGCUACCAUCAAAAAGAGAACUUAAAAAAGAAAAGAAAAGGAAAAAGAAAAAAAAAAACUGCCCCCCCUUGAUUGCAGACCCUUUUGCGACACCGGAACCAGUGAUCUUGUUAAAGCAAGAAAGCUGGAUUUUGGACCAUUUCUUUCAUUCUUGGUUUUGUACAAAAGCUACACAAUGUUACACUUGAUCAGAAUACAAUUCAAUUAGUGUUCUACACCAUAAACUUGAUAAAAUCUUAAUUGAUGGAGGAUUACCACUAUAAUUUAACACUAUGCAAGAGAUUCGAAAAGAAUACAAAAUUACUGCAAAAUAAAAGACAAGUGUGAAAGCAAGCUAAUUAAGUACCAUUAGACUACAGAAUCUUUUAAAAAAAAAAAAAAAAAAAGUAAUGUAAAAAGAAAUAAAAAUUACAGGCAAAGUUUAGGUUUAAAAUCCCAUUUUAUGAUCCACUUCUUGGGCUUUCUUUGAGUAACCCGCCCAUCGAAACUCCUUUGCCGUUAAAACUCCCACCAGUGAGGACCAGAACAAAAAAAAAUUUACUUGCUCGUGUUCCCAUAGGAAACUCAGCUUGUAUUAGUGUCAGGCACUUCCAGAGAAACUAGCCCACUCUCUUGAGACCGCUCAGCAACUCUUCAGGCCAAAUCACAAUGCAGGUUCAUUCAGAUCAGACAAUACAGCUA